AGAAACCGAGAAAAAUGGACUCGCUGGAGCGUCUCAUGCGAGCGGCUCCACUGCCUCGAAUGCUAACCAGCGGCGUGGUUGCCGCUGCUGCUGCAGCUGCUGCUGGCAAAGGAACCAGUGGCCAAGUUGUGGGUGCAGCCAUACAGCAGCGUGCCCUGGUCCAUGCCUCAUUGGCAGCUGCCACAGUGGGACGCAAGGGACGUCAUCUAACUGGGACAUUUUGCCUCACAGGCGAUACCAUGGAGGGCAUCAUACAAUGUUUGGUAUUUCUCAAAGCAUUUUCGGUGAGUUAAUGCAUCAGCAGUAAGAGGAUAAUUAAAAACAAAUUUGCACAAGGAUUUUUACG